AUGGCAAUUUACCAGAUGAGGAAAUUGGCAUUUGUUGAUAAGUGGAACAACAGCGUGUCUAGAGACCAGGAGCUUUUGGAUCGAAUCCUCUUGUGGUUGGGCCUAGUCGGUGAGUUGAUCUACUCAGUAGCAGGACUUGUCGGAACUCAGACAUUCUUGAUCUAUCUGGCCUCAAGAGUGAAGGUUGGUACAGCAUCCAGGCUAAACCAGCCUGGAAAACAAGCAAUCACUUAUCUCUUAGCGGCUAAUCUGUCGAUCUUUCUAAUGAAUCUCUUUGAAAAUUUCUACGGAAAACGGUCAUGGGUGUUUUUGGUUCGCAGCUUCUCCCCUUUGACGAUCUUCUACCGAUUUCAUAGCUCUGUUUGUCUUGCAGAGAUUUGGAAAAAUGUAGUUGCGCUUCGAAAUCCGAAUACCGUUGCCGUGUGUGCUCCACCAAAGAUAAUCACGGAUAUGCCUGCGAAGAUUGCACUAGGAGUUCCAAGCAUGCGUGGAACGUUCGGAACCAUAAUCACACCGACCCCGCCCAUCGACAUGCAAGAAAUGAUGGAGAAAAAGUUUACAAAGAAAUUGCGUAAGCCACUAAACAAUUUUUAUCACCAAUGCUCAGCUGUAGAGUUACGCGAAGUUGAGCAACGAGCUGCACAUGUGAGCCUACUCAUACUUGAAGGAAGCCAAAUGAUGACCACAAUGAACAAUCUUCCCCAUUUGGAAGCAGGGCAGAGUUACACACAACAAGAGACCAUGAACUCUGACAGGAAGGGACUCGGUACGCGGUUCUUCAAUAACUUUUACUCAUCC